AUGGAGAUACUCGUGCCGGCACCGCUGCCCCGGCUGGUGAUUAGGCGGCAGCAGCGUGGACGGCCACGUUCCCCUGCUGGAACCUGGAUCACCGGACGUCCGACGCUGCAACCCGCUGGCUUCCGUCUGCCGCUGCUUCGGCUCAUUCCCAGCCACAAAGCUUCCCUCCACGUAUUCUUCACAUGUGUUUCAAUCGUGGCGCACAACCUCCAUGGGCCACCACAAGGUUCUCCGGAAAAUGGCGGCGAUGAUUCGUGCUUGCGAACAACGUGCCGCUUUGGCGCCGAGUGCCACAGUGAUCGGGGCCAGGCCUACUGCCGCUGCCGGCUCUCGUGCGCUGACCAGCUGUUCGCCCCAGUGUGCGGUUCUGACGGCUUCACUUACUCGUCCGAGUGCCGGCUGCGCAUGACCGCCUGCAUCCGGCAGAAGAGGAUCGUCGUCGCCCACCAAGGAUCAUGCGAUGUGGCCGAUCCUUGCCUUGAGAAGCGAUGUGAGUGGGGUGCCGAGUGUCGCCCAACGCUGGAUGGACGCGGCGCCGACUGCGUCUGUCCGGACAAGUGUGUCUCGUAUGGAGACGCCCGUGGUUCGAGACCCGUGUGCGGCUCCGAUGGCCGUGAUUACCCAAACAGCUGUGAGCUGCGAAGGGCUGCCUGCAACGCCAUGCGUGACGUGCAGCACCGUUUUACGGGACCAUGUGACCCCUGCCGUGGCGUCCAGUGUCCAGCAUCACAAGUUUGCCAGCUCGAUGAGCAGCGGAAUCCAAUUUGUCGCUGCAAUGGCGCCUGUCCUGGAGACCUGCGGCCCGUCUGCGGGUCGGACGGCCGCACUUACCCCAAUGAGUGCCUGCUCCGGGUCGAGGCUUGCCGCUCACGCAGGCCUUUGCGACUCGUGUAUGCGGGCGCCUGCUCGCAGGGUCUGAACCCUUGUGGAGACUUGCAGUGUCAGUUCGAGUGUUCCAUAGACCGAUUCGGAAAAGCGUCCUGCACGUGCCCGCCUCCUUGUGAACAGGUGCUGCGUCCGGUUUGCGGCUCAGACGGAAAGACGUACGACUCUGCUUGUCAUCUGCGGCGCGAGGCGUGCUUAGCGGGAGACGCCGAGCUGCGGAUAUCGUAUGCGGGACCAUGCGAUGCAGCCGCCCCCUGUCACGGCUUCCGGUGCCCGCCUGGCGCCUUCUGUUCUCACGACGGCCAGCCGUCGUGCCACUGCCCGCCUUGCUCGGAGGAGUUUGAGCCCGUCUGCGGCUCGGACGGAAUUUCUUACCCGAACGAGUGCAAGCUCCGGCGGGAGACUUGCCAGCGCAGCACGGCUUCAGGAGGUUCGGCGCUGCCUCCGGUGGCCGUCGCGCAUCUAGGUCUCUGCUCGGACCCAUGUGACGGGCGCCAGUGUCCCUUCUACGGCGUCUGCGAGGGUGGCGCCCAUUGCGGAUGCCCUCCACCGUGCCCGUCUCCCGUGGACGAUCCGGUGUGCGGCUCGGACGGCGUGACGUACGCCAACGAGUGCGAGCUGCGGCGCGCAUCGUGCCGCCACCAGCGCGCCCUCGCGGUGGCUUCCCGGGGUGCAUGCGACCUGUGCCGCGGAGUGGGGUGCGAGCUGGGCGCUCGAUGCGAGAGCGGCGUGUGCGUGUGCCCGCGCGACUGCCCCGAAGGCCUAGAGCCCGUGUGCGACAGCCGUGGCCAACCUUACGCCAACGAGUGCCAGCUGCGAAGGGCUUCGUGCCAACAGGGCCGCGACCUGGGACCGCCGAGGCCAUGCGCGGCCAUCGACCAGGACCCGGAUGGCGGCAGUGGUGACGGCUGCAUUUGCCGCUACGGGGCGGUGUGUGCGCCCAACGGAAACUGCCAGUGCGACAUACACUGCGAUGCGGUGAGCCCCGGUGCUGCGCGAGUUUGUGCAACGGAUGGUUUCUGGUAUCCGAGCACCUGCCACGUGCAACAGGAGGCCUGCCGCCGCCAGAAGGAUAUUCGACUCGCUGAGGGGCCCGAGUCGUGCGCCGGUGCCAAGAAAGGACCCAAGACAUGCGCUCAGAGUGCCUUCGGCUGUUGCUCAGAUGGAGUGACGCCUGCACUCGGCGUUCACCAAGCAGGAUGCCCCAGUGUGUGCAACUGCAACAGGCUCGGUUCGCUGGCAGCCACGUGCGACGCACUGAGCAGUCAGUGCGCCUGCAAGCCAGGCGUCGGAGGGCAACGGUGCGACCGCUGUCUGCCGGGCUACUGGGGGCUACAUCGCAUCGCCGAUGGUGUCAACGGAUGCUCGCCCUGCCAGUGCUCGCCGCUUGGCUCAGUGCGCGACGACUGCGAACAGAUGACUGGACGCUGCGUCUGCAAGCAUGGCGUACAGGGCAUGAAAUGCACGGAGUGCGCAAACUCGGAGGCGCAGCUGGGUAGCCAAGGUUGCGCUUCGUCUUCUCAUCCGUCAUCCAGCUGCGAACAGUGUACCGGAGGGGCCGAGGAAGGCGGGCCCGUGUGUGGCUCCGACGGCAACACCUACGCUUCUGCCUGCCAGCUGCGCCAGUUCGUGUGCCGUCUGCAGCGCAACUUGACAGUGCGAAGCUCUGGGCCAUGCGAGGAGGCUCCCUCACCAACGGCUGGACCCGUUCGCAGGUCCACUGCCCACAGGGAAGCCGGCCUCGAGUUCCCGGGCUGGUUUGAAACCGGACUCGACCCUCUCUUUCCACCGCUCAGCACACGACCAACGGCGGCCACAGACGAGCCCCAGGAAGGCCGUCCCCCGUUGGAUGAGGAAGAGGAUAUCAGGGGAGACGAAGAACGAGCACCCCUGGAGACCCCGUCGCAGCCUCUGCGCGUGCCGCAGUUUUCGGGCCGCUCUUUCUUGGAGCUGCACCGGCUGCAAGCUUACACGGGUCUGUCGCUCGAGCUGGAGCUCAAGGCAGACGCGCCCGACGGCCUGCUUCUGUACAAUGGCCAGACCACCUCCGGUGCCGGUGACUUCGUCUCUCUGGCCCUGCGUGACGGGCACCUCGAGUUCCGGUACAACCUCGGCUCAGGCCCCGUGCUGCUGCGCGCGCCCAAACCACUCACCAUGGGCCGCUUUCACCGGGUGGUCGCCAAGCGUUAUCUAAAGGAUGGCUUCCUAACGCUGGACGGCGAGGCAGACAUACGUGGUCGGUCGGGGGGCCUUCUUCAGUCUCUGGAUCUUGCCGAGAAUCUGUUCGUCGGCUGGCUGCCGGGGCCUCGGGGUCUGGGACCACCACCCGGAGUCCUGGACAACGUCGGCGGUGUAGAGCGAGGUUUUCGAGGCUGCUUGCGACGGCUGCGUCUAGGAAAACGUGACGUCCGCCUUUCAGGGGCGUCGCGGGAUGUGCUGCGUGCUGUGCGCCUGAAGGAGUGUGGCCCACCGUGCGGACCUUGUCUCAAUGGCGCAACUUGCCUCGACCACGGACCGGGAAACUACAGCUUGCCUCUGCCCCCCGGGAUUCCAGCGCAGUACCUUGUUCCACAACCUGUCCAGAACAUACGAAGUGACUACCACAGCAACUUUCAAAUCCCCAAAUCUCAUAUGAACACAUACGGAGGCCAGUGUGAGCGUCCUCGGCGUCGUGCCUGUGAGCCGGACCCUUGCGGCUUGGGAGCGUCGUGCCUGGUACGCGGCAGCGCCUUCUCCUGCCGAUGUCCGGCGGGUCGCAGUGGCCGCCUGUGUGAAGGCCGAGCCGCGGUGCCGGACUUCGCAACCGAUGGCUACCUAGAGCUGCCGCGCCUGCACAACGUCGGUCAGGCCUUCUCCCUCGAGCUGUGGUUCCUCACCAGGGCUCCACAGGGUCUCUUGCUCUACAACGGUGGAGGAUCUUCUGGUCGUGGUGACUUCCUCGCGCUGCGACUGGAAGCUGGCCGUGUCCAGUUUCGAUACGACUUGGGCUCUGGAGCAGCAAACGUUUCAGGAUCUGUGCUACUUGCGUCUCCAAAUGAAGUCACCCUGAACCAGUGGCACGUGGUGCGUGUGACGCGCACUCGCCGAGAAGGAUCUUUACAGCUGGAUGAUGGACCCACAGUGCACGGAGAAUCGAGUGGCCCGCUGAGCGAACUAAACCUGGAGCAGCCGCUGUUCCUCGGUGGACUGCCGCCGGAGGCCGUGAUGAGCGCCGACGCGGGACCCCGCUCGCCCGGUCUGGACGGGGCGCUGCAGCGUCUGGUGCUCAACGGGGACGCCUGGGCUGACCUCGUGGCACGGGCGCUAGCCUCGGAACGCGUCUCGGAGCAUCGGGGUCCACCGUGCAUGGGCGGUGGGCCAGCGGGGCCGUGCCUCAACGGUGGCAUCUGCCUGCCUCAGCUGGCCGCCCACUCGUGCCUUUGUCCGGCGCGCUUCGGAGGUGCGCUGUGCGAGCUCGCCUUCGACGAGGCCCAGAGGAGACCCGUGGAGUUUCGGGGGACCUCGUUUUUACACUUCAGGCACGGCUCAAGAGAGCCUGGUGUUGACGAAGAGCCAUUAGGCGGUGCCCCGGAGAACGAGGUGGAAAUCCGCUUUCGGAGCCGGGAGCCUCGUGGCCUGCUGCUCUGGACAGGUGGCCGGGGAGACCAUAUGGCGCUCGCUCUGGACCAAGGCCGACUGCUUGUAUCGUACGAUCUGGGCGCUCGACGACAGGAAUUGUGGUCUGAGUCACGGAUCGACGACGGCCAUUGGCACACGGCGCGACUACAACGCCAAGGUCGACUGGCUACCCUUGUGGUAGACGGUUCAAAGCCGUUAAGCUCUAAUGCAGCUCCUGGUGCCACGCAGCUGAACACAGAUGGGCUUCUGUGGCUUGGCGGAUGCCCCAAGCUGCCCCCCGGUCUUCCAGCAGCACUCUAUUUAGGCUUCGUGGGCUGCAUACACGAGGCGACCGUAGACGGGCGCGAGCUGGCUCUUGCAGGUCCGCAAUGCGCAGACAAUGACCCCAUCACCUGAAGUCAUGCAUGGGGUACCUACAACCAGGCGAUAACCGAAUGCUUCAACAAAAACAGGGGCGCAUGUGCCACAAUGUGUAGCUGUGGCCCCCAUAAACACCACGGCUGUUUUGCUUCCAGUGAUAUCAAAAAUCCAUCAAGCGCCUGUAGCGUCAAGAUUCGCUAAAACUAGCAUGUUAAUGUUGUCGUGCAAAGCGCCUGUAUGUUAUUGAGGCUUGGAUUGCACUGUUCCCAAGUAUGUAAUUAAGUGCUCAUACAGUACUAUGAAAUUGUAGAUAUACAUACAAGGAAAGGUAAAACACGCAUUUAGCUAUCUGCCACCUGUGCAUGGUUUGUUAACAAAGUGUAACUCUUCUUUCUCUCACUUAUAGUGGAUAAUUGUGGGGUUAGACAGCAGAUUUGUUUCGUCAUUGCGGCACCGCCGCAAUUACCAUGCAUCUUGUUUCCUCUGCUGAUAAUCUGGCUAUGAGGAGGGCGAUCUUGUCGCGUAUGGCUUGAAAGCCGAAGGCCAGCACGAAUUAGACCCAAUGAAAAAAAAUGUGUAUGGGUGGCGCCGGCGCCGAGUUUUUCCGUGCCUUUCUCUCGAUCCGCAUAGCUUAAGACCUAAGGUGCCAGGUGUCACUACCAGUCUUCCAGAAACGUGCCUCUUCCCUGAUGCAGGUUACUCAUUAGAGCGACAAACUGUCCGGCACGAUUUGGGUGCUGCUGACCACCGAUCACCAUGUCACUUCAAUGCAAUACCGCAGAAGAGACGUCGUUGUUCGCAACCCCUGUUUUUGACGAUAAUAAAAACUCUGGUGAACAGAAAA